CGAGAAGCAGCUCACCGCCGCCGGCACUGUAGAUGCAGCCAGAGCUCGCGACAGGUGCCUAGCUGCGCCGGCACGCCCCCGUCACCGCGGGUACUUUGCAACGCUACUUUCGCGUCAUUAAGCCGCAUUGUGCUGUGACGUCCGGUCAGAGCUGUUCCUACAUCACGAGACCGCCCUCACCCUCCUGUAGCACCAUGCGAAUAGCGAUCGUAGGCGCAGGCGCGGCCGGGCUCGCGUCGGCUCGUCAUGUGCAGGCCUCCGAGAACCACUCCUGCGUUGUGUUCGAAAGGUCCACCCACAUCGGAGGCACCUGGGUCUACACGGAGGAGGUGGGCAUCGCCAGCGACGGCCUGCCGGUCCACACCAGCAUGUACCAGAACCUGAGGACAAAUCUUCCGAAAGAGGUCAUGGGAUUCCCAGAUUUUCCUAUUCCACACAGAGAAGAAUCUUACCUACCAGCAAAGGACAUUCUCCAGUUCUUAAACGAUUAUGCUGAUCAUUUUGGCCUGAGGAAGCACAUAAAAUUUCAGCAUGUGGUUACUCUCGUUAACCCUCGAGAUGCCGUCUGGGACGUAACAGUGAAAAAUCUUGCUUCAGGGGAAGAAACUGUCCACGAAUUUGACGCAGUCAUGGUUUGUAAUGGACACUAUUUUCUGCCAUUCGUGCCGUCCCUUCCAGGAUCAGAGAAGUUCAGAGGUCGGCAGACGCACAGCCACGACUACCGAGUGCCGUCGCUCUUCAAAGGUCGUAGGGUGGUGGUCGUGGGAGCCGGCCCGUCGGGAAUGGACCUGACGCUCGAUAUCUCCUCUCAGGCAGAGCUGGUAAUUCUGAGUCAUCAUUUCAAAGAAAAAAUUGAUACAAAGUUUCCUGACAACGUCUUCCAGAAACCAGAAAUCGUGAGUCUAGGUGAGGAAUCAGUGACGUUUGCAGAUGGUUCGACGUACAAGAUUGAUGAUGUGUUUUAUUGUACAGGAUAUCAAUAUAGUUUCCCGUUCCUGUCAGAAAAAUGCAACGUCAAAGUUGAAGACAAUCGAGUCCAACCGCUUUUCAAGCACACCAUUCACAUAGACUAUCCGACAUUGUGCUUUAUUGGACUACCGUUCUACGUCUGUGCCUUUUCCUUGUUUGACCUACAGGCGCGCUUCUUCCUGUCGCUGCUGGACGGCGGUUGGCAGCUGCCGAGCCGCGAGCAGAUGCUGCGCGACACGGAGGCGGAGGCGGCGGAGCGCGCGGCGGCCGGGCUGUGCGGCCGGCAGUUCCACAUGAUGGGCGAGCGCCAGGGCCGCUUCUACCGCGAGCUGGCCGCCGUGGGCCGCGUCGCGCCGCUGCCGCCCGUGCUGGCCAAGCUGCACGACGAGAGCAGCCGCCGCUUCCUCGAGGACCUGCCCGGCUACCGGCGGGACGUUUACCGCCUGCUCGACGACCACAACUACGUCCAGCUGCGCUGACACUGGGCCAAAUCGCGCCCACAGCCUGUAACGUCUGCCUUCAGCUGCCGACCUACUCGUCAGUGUGCAAAUACCGUUUCACGUAUCCUGUACAACGCUGUAUCGCUCUGAUACCAAUUAAAUAUAACUUGAAAGCCGAUAA